AUUAUUUUCAUAAUUUGUGAAAACUGCGUAUCUCCAUUGGUGUAGGUGGAUUUGAGAAGAGCUCCCCAGUUAAGCCUAUUUCUAGCAAUUACAAACUCCUAUUUCAAGGAAAUUGUGUUGUGUUGUAAGGAGUGGACAAAAGCUUUCAGGUUGUAAUAAAUCCUAGGGGAAUAAAUAAGAUGGUUGUUUUUUUUUCUGUCUAGUCUGGCUAAAUUCUUCAAAACCUGAGUUAUUUGUGGGCUGGUGUUUGUUUGUAUUAGUUAAGUUAAAAAUAUUACAUGGGUCCAAGCUUAAAAAUAUAACAUGCCAGGCCAGAUUUUUAUUUAUUUAUUUUUGAACCGAGUCAGCUACAUUUUGAAGGAAGUCUUCUGCCAAAGAAAGUAUUUUUGUCCUUUGAUCCUACAAAAGACACCAUCAAUACAUGUGUUUCAAUUUAAUAUACUUUAUUGCAUAAUCUUUUUGGUUUUAUAAAUAUAGGCUAGUGAGAGACCCUCUCCCCAGGGAAUCAUCUCCUCUUCUCUCAUUCUCUCUCUCUCACUCACUCUCAAAGUAUAACCCAGAAGUAAAGGAAAACUCCAGCUCAAAAGGCUUAAGCCUUAGGCUCUUUUCACUAGGAAAUAACCAUUCUUCUCUUUAGUGCAUGCAAAGUUGCUAAGUCUUUAGCCAUGGAGAUUGAGUCAGCAACUCAAGAAAAGGCUGGGCCUUUUACAAGUGCAUGGAGUUGGCUUAAGGCCUUGCCUGGUAAAUUCAAGGCCAAGGUGAUCAAAGUUGCAAAAAGCAUAAGCAAGCUUGGAAAAGAUGACCCAAGAAGAAUCAUUCACUCAAUCAAAGUGGGACUUGCUCUUACUUUGGUGUCCUUAUUGUAUUAUUCUAGGACUCUCUAUGAUGGUUUUGGGGUUGCUGGAAUGUGGGCUGUGCUAACUGUGGUAGUAGUCUUUGAAUUCACUGUAGGUGGGACAUUGAGCAAGAGUUUGAAUAGAGGUUUUGCAACAUUCCUAGCUGGUGCAUUAGGGGUUGGAGCUCAACGCUUGGCAAGUCUCUUUGGAGAUAAAGGAGAACCCAUAGUUCUUGGAUUUCUUGUUUUUCUUUUAGGUGCAGCAUCUACAUUCACUCGAUUCUUCCCAAGAAUCAAGGCAAGAUAUGACUAUGGAGUCUUGAUAUUCAUAUUAACGUUCAGUUUGGUUUCGGUCUCCGGUGUUCGAGUAGCAGAGCUCUUAGAAAUGGCUCAUCAAAGGUUAUCAACAAUAAUAAUAGGCGGAGGAGCCUGCAUAGUUGUUUCUAUGUGUAUCUAUCCAGUCUGGGCUGGUGAAGAUCUUCAUAACUUGGUUGUUUCCAACAUAGAAAAGCUUGCAAGCUACCUUGAAGGUUUUGGAGAUGAAUAUUUUCACUACACAUCAGAUGAUGAAGAGAAGGAUAGGGUCUCCAGUAAAGACAAGUCAUUUCUUCAAGGAUAUAGAAGUGUCCUCAAUUCAAAAUCCACUGAAGAUUCCAUGGCAAAUCUUGCAAGAUGGGAGCCUAGACAUGGCCGUUUCGGCUUUCGGCAUCCAUGGAAGCAAUACUUGAAGAUUGGAGCCAUCUCAAGGCAAUGUGCUUACCAUAUUGAAGCUCUCAAUAGCCACAUCAAGUCUAAUAUCCAAGCAUCAGAGGAAUUCAAGAGUAAAAUUGAAGAACCAUGCACAAAAAUUAGUGAAGAAUCAGGCAAAGCACUAAGAUCACUGGCCUCAGCAAUCAAAACAAUGAAAGAUCCUUCCCCUGCAAAUAUCCAUGUAGAGCACUCCAAAGCUGCCAUUAAUGAACUCAAACUUGUUGUAAAAGCUAGCUCACUAGACCAAGCAGAUCUCCUAGCAAUCGUGCCAGCUGCAACAGUUGCAUCAACGUUAAUUGAGAUCGUAAAAUGUGUAGAUAAAUUAUCUGAAGCAGUUCAUGAACUUGCUAACCUAGCACAUUUCAAGCCUGUGGAAGCUACCGUGUCGCCGGAGAAACCUCAGUUGCUUCACCGAGGAACUGUAAAUCCUGUUCUUGAUGGAGAUAAUAGUUCUGAUCAUAUUGUGAUUAUAAUAGAUGAAAACUCGACAGUUUCCCGAGAAAAUGACAAGCCUCAAGCAACAAAACCUAGCCAGCAACAUCCUGGAGUGUAAAUAUUUGUAACUACAACAUGUGAACUAGUUUUCAUUAUUACAGUUCGCAUUGUUCAGUAAAUUUGGUCUCUAGUUUCGUUUUCGUGAGGAAAAAAUAUUAAUGACAUUUUCCUCACAAUUUUUACGUUUUCCUUGUAAUCAAGCUAUUAUUUAAAGGAAAUGGAGAAGUGCUUUUUCUCUUGAUAA